AGGAUGAGAAACGUCACAGAAUUCAUGCUGCUGGGCCUGACUCAGAAUCCACAACUGCAGAAGCUGUUAUUUCCUGUACUUUUAAUCACCUACUUGUUCACCUUGGCAGGUAAUCUGCUCAUCUCAGUCACUAUCCUCAUCAGCCCAGCCCUGGGCUCUCCCAUGUACUUUUUCCUGUCCUGCUUGUCCCUUAUCGAUGGUUUCUACUCCACCUCCAUAGCUCCCAAAAUGAUCUUUGACUUGAUCUCUGAGAAAAGCACUAUCUCCUUCCAUGGCUGCAUGACUCAGCUCUUUGCCGAACAUUUUUUUGCUGCUGCCGAGAUCAUCUUAUUAAUUGCAAUGGCCUAUGACCGAUAUGUGGCCAUCUGUAAACCUUUACACUAUGCGACCAUCAUGAGUAAGCCUCUCUGUACUUUCCUGGUGGGAAUGGCUGGAAUUUUGGGCUUUAUUCAUGGAGGGAUCCAGCUUUUGUUCAUACUCCAAUUACCGUUCUGUGGCCCUAAUGUCAUUGACCAUUUUAUGUGUGAUUUAAUCCCUGUUCUGGAGCUGGCCUGCACAGACACUCACAUCUUGGGGCCCCUGAUUACUGCCAAUAGCGGGUCACUCUGUUUGCUUAUUUUUUCUAUGCUAAUCAUUUCUUAUAUCAUCAUCCUGCACUCCCUGAGGUCUUACAGCUCUGAAGGACGCCGAAAAGCCCUCUCUACAUGUGCUUCCCACGUCACUGUUGUCAUCUUAUUCUUUGUGCCCUGUUCAUUCCUGUACCUAAGACCCGUGACCACCUUCACUGCUGACAAAGCUGUGACUGUAUUCUGUACCCUAAUAACCCCUAUGUUGAACCCUUUAAUCUACACCCUGAGAAAUGCAGAAGUGAAAAAUGUCAUGAAAAAGCUUUGGGAUCAAACAAUAAAAGCCAGUGACAAAUAA